AUGUCUGCUGUUGCAAUUAUUCUCGUUGGAGGGCCUUCAAGUGGUACUCGAUUUCGGCCUUUAUCUUUAGACAUUCCAAAGCCUCUUUUUCCUAUUGGAGGUAAACCUAUGAUAUGGCAUCAUCUUGUUGCAUUAUCAAAAGUUGAAACAGUUCGUGAAGUUCUUUUGAUUGGAUUUUAUGAAGAAUCUGUUUUUUCUGGUUUUAUAAAGGAUGCUAAAGAAGUAUUCUUAAAUUUUUCUAUUAAAUAUUUACGUGAAUAUCAAUCUCUUGGAACAGCAGGAGGAUUAUACUUUUUUCGUGAUGUAAUUCUUCGGGAUUCUCCUAAAACAAUUUUUGUUUUACAUUCUGAUUUAUGUUGUUCAUUUCCUCUUAAAAAUAUGCUUAAAAUGCAUUUAGAAAAAGAUGCAAUUGGAACUCUUUUGGGAACUAAAGUUUCUCCUGACGAUGCUAACAAUUUUGGCUGUAUUGUUUGGGAUACAGCUACCUCAGAAGUUAUUCAUUAUGUUGAAAAGCCUGAAACAUAUAUUAGUUCUACAAUUAAUUGUGGUGUAUAUAUUUUUGAUGGUUCUAUUUUUGAUCAAAUUAAAGAGUCAAUACGGUUGAGAAAUGAACGAAAUAAAGAAAUGCCUAGUUCUUCAUUUGAUCCUGAUGAACGCUUACGUCUUGAACAAGAUGUUUUGGUUCCUCUUACUCAAACGAAGAAACUUUUCAUUUAUGAAACUAAAGAUUUUUGGCGUCAAAUAAAAACUGCUGGAUCCUCUGUUCCUGCAAAUGCUUUAUAUCUACUUUAUUCACAAGAGGAAAAUGAUAAGAAAUUUUUUAAAGAUUCUGGUCCGGAAAUUGUUCCUCCGGUGUAUAUUCAUCCAUCUGCAUCUGUAGAUCACUCAUCCAAGCUUGGUCCUAAUGUUUCAAUUGGUUUGAAAGUCAAAAUUCAUUCUGGAGUCCGUAUUAGUAAUGCUAUUAUUCUAGAUGGCGCAGAGAUUAAGCCUAAUGCGUCUGUUUUACAUUCUAUUAUUGGUCGAAGAUGUCGAGUUGGGCAAUGGGCUCGUGUUGAAGGCACACCAACUCUUCCUACACAACAUAAUACCACAAUUCUUCGAAAUGGUCUAAAAGUACAGUCUAUUACUGUCCUUGCUAAUGACGUUACUAUUGAUGAUGAAGUAAGGGUUCAAAAUUGUAUCGUUCUUCCUCAUAAGGAAAUAAAAAACGGUGUUGUUGGCGAGGUUAUUAUGUAA